CACUCUGGGGUGGGAGUGGAGGUAGAGGCAGAGAAGAGAUGAUAAAAUAAUUUCAGGUUCUGGGAGUGCCACGAAGGAAGGAAAACGUGUAGGGGGUCGGGGGGGUACGAUGCUGCCUUGGAUAGGGUGGUCAGGGAGGUCCUCUCUUGGAUGUUCCCAGACUGAGGGGGACAGCAGGGGCGAAGGCAUGGGGGAAAGAAGAGCAGUGUGCUUGAAGCAAGUGAGUCAGAGGGAGCGUGGGAGGAAAUGAGAUGACAGUGUGGGCCCGGGAAGGAUCUGGACGUUAUUCUAAAAUCAGGAAGGGUUCAUGGAAGCCCAUGGAACGCGUUAAUGAGCAAGGGAGUCACGUUUCCCUAGUCUGAGCUUUCUCAGCAUUUUCGGCGGGGGGCGGGGGAAGGGUUGUGGAGCAGGGGCUGUGGCCAAGCCAGCUGACUUCCUGCCAAUUAUCAGUUGACCAUGGCCCUCUCUGACCCUCUGAAAACUGGGAGUGAUAAUUGCUACCUCACUGGAUGCACACCUGGCCCAACCUGCUGUCAUCUUCCCCCACAGGGCCUGGCCACCCCUCCCACAGAAUGCCUGAGGGCCCUGAGCUACAUCUGGCCAGUCACUUUGUGAACGAGGCAUGCAGCGAGCUGGUGUUUGGCGGGUGUGUGGAGAAGUCACCUGUCAGCCGCAACCCUGAGGUGCCCUUUGAGAGCAGCGCCUACCACAUCUCAGCUUUAGCCCGAGGCAAGGAGCUGCGCCUGACACUGAGCCCCCUGCCUGGGGCUCAGCCCCCACGAGGGCCACUGGCCCUUGUCUUCCGCUUUGGCAUGACCGGCUCCUUCCAGCUGGUGCCCAGCGAUGCGCUGCCACCCCAUGCCCAUCUGCGCUUUUACACGGCUCCCCCUGGCCCCCGACUUGCCCUCUGCUUCGUGGACAUCCGCCGCUUUGGCCGCUGGGACCUCGGGGGCAAGUGGCAGCCAGGCCGCGGGCCGUGUGUCUUGCUGGAGUACGAGCAGUUCAGGGAGAAUGUGUUACGAAACCUAGCAGACAAGGCCUUUGACCGGCCCAUUUGUGAGGCCCUCUUGGACCAGAGGUUCUUCAAUGGCAUUGGCAACUAUCUGCGGGCAGAGAUCCUAUACCGGCUGAGGAUACCCCCCUUCGAGAAGGCCCGCACGGUUCUGGAGGCACUGCAGCAGCGCAGGCCGAGCCCGGAGCUGACCCUGAGCCAGAAGAUCAGGGCCAAGCUGCAGAACCCAGACCUACUGGAGCUGUGCCACUCAGUGCCCAAGGAAGUGGUCCAGCUGGGGGGCAAAGGCUAUGGGCCGGAGAGCACGGAGGAGGACUUUGCUGCCUUCCAAGCCUGGCUGCGGUGUUAUGGCACGCCAGGCAUGAGCUCCCUGCGGGACCGGCAUGGCCGCACCAUCUGGUUCCAGGGGGAUCCUGGACCCUUGGCGCCCAAAGUCCCCACCCCAACCCUCAGAGGCACUCCAGAGUGGGAGCAUGGGAGUCUAGAGAAAGGGGGCUGCGGCCACAAGGCCCUCCAACCCCAUCAGCAACAGUAUCCUGCAGGGGGCAAGUCCCGCAAGAAGAAAUCCAAGGGAGCACAGAGGGGUCCUGAGGACCAAGUGGAGAAUCCUCCAUCUCCAAACAAGGCCCCUUCAAGGACACGAAGGGCACGGAGAGGCCUUCCUGAGCAGACUGCGGCCCAGCAGCCCGAGGGGACCAGCCUCCAACGGGACCCAGAAGCCCCCUGCGUCCCUGAGAAAGGGAAGAGGAGGAGGCAACCAGCGACCUCAGGCCGCCGCAGACCCCAAAAGAUCAAGGCUGACACCCCAUCCUCGGAGCCUGAGGAGACCUCAGCCUCUUAGCAGGAGGGUCUCCUUGCUUGCAUCCACCCCUUCCUGCUGCCCUGGAUCUGGGCCUGUGCGGCUUCCUGGAAGUUGCAGGGGACUGGCUGCCCCUGGCCCUGUGGCCAUUCCCUGUACAACUAUGA